AUGACUGUGACAUCGAGAAACCCACCUCGGCGUCUCUCUGUUGAUGGCUUCGUGAAGGCAUCUCGUGCGCGUGUUCGCGUCGUGCCGACGAACCUAAGGCCAGCUUCAGAACUCGUCGACGCACACUUCCUUAAGGCCGCUCUUCAAUGCAUGCAGGGUCAUCAUGAUGCAUGGCUAUCCGGCAUACACCACCAAUAUGUCAACCUAUUCAACCUGCAGUACAGAGUCAACGACCUCGGCGACAUAUCCGGCGUCCUCGUCGAUUGGGACCUCGCGCCCGACUGCUCUUGGGACCGUCGAAGCGGGAGACAACCUCCCUGGACCUUACCCUUCAUGGCCCUGGAUUUCCUGGCAGAACCCGAUGGAGGCAUCGAGUAUCUCUACCGGCACUCGCUCGAAGAGUUCUUCUGGAUACUAGUAUGGAUGUGCCACCCUCGGGGGACAUUUCGGAGUUGGACCGCCGAUGACUUUGAGGAUGACUGUUGGAAGAAGCUCGUCUUUCUUCAUAACGGCAAAUAUAAGCUGCGGGCCAGACAUGGAUUUGAGGGCGUGAAGGCCGUAGUCGAGUACGGCCUGCUCUUACACUUCCUUCGUGGGCACAAUCGCAGGUGCAAGGAGACGCUGGCUCUUCGCAAGGCAAAGAGAAUAGAUGCAAGCACAGUUAUGAAAGUCAGUGAGACUGCGCCUCAGCAAUCAUGGAGGCACUUUUGCGAUGCUCUUCGGGGCGCGUUGGACGACGUGUUAUGGAGAGACAACCCUGACAUCGCGUCGAUUCUGGAGGAGUUCCUUGAGACCAAAUCGUUGGCUGUAUUGGAGUCUCGCUUUGACGAGGUGGAUAUCACGGAUUAA